AGGCGAAUCGAAUUGACGUAGGCGCCGUCACAAGGACGUUUACAAAAAGAGUGAGAGAGAAAGAGACAGUGGCAGCAGAUUAAAGGGCACAUCUGACAUCAGCACGCACAAAUAAAGGAAAAUGAUUCACGUUGGUGAGAAUUCAUGGAAUUUGCGCAUCUUUAUAACGGAUCUGUCUCUGGAGCGUACGAUGCGCGUGCGCGGUGACCAGCAUUUGGGCAGCAUAAUGCUGCAGCUGGUCGAUCCAGAGAAUCCGAAAGAUUGGUCCGAUCAUGCACUCUACUGGCCAGCCAAGAACAUUUGGCUUACGCGCACACGAGCCACACUCGAUCAAUGUGGCGUCCAGGCGGACAACUUGCUACAUUUUACUCCCAUGCACAAGAUUCUGCGCGUCCAGUUGCCAGAUCUGCGUUACAUUGACUGCCGCGUGGAUUACUCCGCAAAGACCUUUGCGGCUGUUGUGAAUCUGUGCAAACAGCUAGACAUACGCUACCCUGAGGAGUUGUCCCUGUGUAAGCCGCUCGAGCCGGAGCAUCUAAAGAAGAACUUUGCCCAGUUGCCGCAUCUGAAGCGUGUGCCGAUUGCGGAGCCAGACGGCACAACUUACCUGCAGCCUGCCCCAGAUACCAACUCAUUUGUACCCAUCAAUUCGAGUUUUAAUGGCGGCAGCAACGGCAGCCUUGACAAACCAUCGGCUCCAGGCUUAUUCUUCUGUGCACCGCUCUCUCCACACAAUGUGGCUAGUCGACGCUCUCCCACACCUCAUACACCCGGAAACUGGAAGCCCAGCCAUACAGGCUACGGCACCUAUGACUCCUCGUCCUCGAGCUUGGGCGACUUCCAGGAGAACUUGGCCAGUUCGCCGCAUGCGCCCAGCGCUGAGGUACGCGCCCGUCUGUUGCGCCCAAAAUCGUUGGUGGAGAAGGCUCGACUGAAUGUAGGUUGGCUGGACAGUUCGUUGUCGCUGAUGGAACAGGGCAUUCGGGAAUAUGACACGCUGUGCUUGCGCUUCAAAUACUACACGUUCUUUGACAUGAAUCCCAAGUACGACCAGGUGCGCAUCAACCAGCUGUACGAGCAGGCCAAAUGGUCUAUUUUGAACGAGGAACUGGAUUGCACCGAGCAGGAGACGCUCAUGUUUGCUGCUCUCCAGUUCCAGGUGAAUCAUCAGGUGGACAUGCAGCCGCUGCCCGCCGUAGAUUCCGGCGUUGAGACGUCCAGUCAGGAGAACGACGACGAUGACAUCGAUUCAGCGCUCAACGAGCUUCAGAUCACGCUGGAAGGUAGCAAUGCUAACGAUUCGGUUAACAUCACCCACAUACCGGAACUCUCCGACUAUUUGCGCUUCCUUAAGCCUCAGCGCUUCACGUUGCGCGGCUACAAGCGCUACUUCUUCACCUAUCGCGACUUGCACUUGCAUCUAUACAAAUGCGCUGAGGAUUCGCGACGUACUGCGCCCGUAAUUAGUAUCAAUUUGCGUGGAUGCGAGGUGACGCCAGAUGUGAAUCUGGCACAGGGCAAAUAUGCAAUACGGCUCGAGGUCUCACCAGAGGAUCGCCAUGGACCCAACAGUGAGGUCUGGGUGCGCUGCGAGAACGAGCAACAGUAUGCCAAGUGGCUGGCCGCGUGUCGCCUGGCGGCCAAGGGUCGUUCCCUGGCGGACAGCACAUAUGAGAGCGAAGUCGAUGGCAUUCUUUCCCUACUGCAGAUGCAACGACCCGUGCAUGGCAUCCACGUCAACAUCGAUCCACGCAGUGUGGAUCCUGUCGACUAUCUGUCGCCGAAGAUGCUGCGCAAGCUAUCCGGCAAGGCCGUGCAGCGCAUUCUAGAGGCGCACGCUAAUGUGCGGGAGCUGUCACUGCUAGAAGCGAAAUUGAAGUAUAUCCAAGCUUGGCAAUCUCUUCCCGACUUUGGCGUCUCACUGUUCAUCAUCAAGUUCGACGGCCACCGCAAGGAGGAGCUUCUGGGUGUGGCCCACAAUCGAAUCAUGCGCAUGGAUCUGAGCACGGGGGAUCAUAUCAAGACCUGGCGCUACAACAGCAUGAAGGCCUGGAACGUUAACUGGGGCAUUAAGUGCAUGAUGAUUCAGUUCAACGAUGAGAACGUCGUCUUCUCUUGCCUUUCUGCUGACUGUAAGGUGGUUCACGAAUUUAUUGGCGGUUACAUUUUCAUGUCAAUGCGCUCCAAGGAUAACAAUCAGACGCUCAACGAGGAACUGUUUCAUAAACUGACUGGCGGCUGGUCCUAAACUCUAUAACACUUUUUCGUAUUUAUAGAGGAAUCUCUUAUUGUUGACAGUGGCCUUAUUUAGAGCCCAUUUUUAAAAGCUGACGAAAGUGCCUACUCACAAUUGUUUAACCAAGUCUUCGACGAUUGUCCCUUUUUAAACUAAUCCAAUGGAUUUUUACUGAUUUUAACUCUAUAUACUAUAUAUACUCUACAAUACUAGCCAAGGGCACUUUUGCUCGCUUAAUAAUAAUAAUAAUACAGCCUUUAUACAACUAACUCUUAAGCGCGAAUAAAGUAAAU